AAGGCCUAAUGGGUUUCAAUAGUCAAUUUCAAUCUCUUCUUUGAGUUUUUACAGUUGUCUGGUCUGAUCUUAGUCGUGUUUGUUCUCUUUUGUUUGUACGUGAAUGUACAGCAAUGGCCUCGCAAACUAGAAGAAUGGCGUUUCCGAAAGUGGUGAUUGAGAGAGACUCGGAUACUGAGCAGAGUUCAUCAGAUGACGAAGGACAAGCAGAAGAAGAGGAGGGCCCACUAUCAGAAUCUGAAUCAGAAGAAGAAGAUGUAAAAGAAAAUUUAGUUGAAGAGAAGAGUAAAGAAAAGUGUGAUGAAAAGAAAAAGGGGAAAGCAACCAUCACUAUUAGCCUCAAGAAAGUUUGCAAAGUUUGCAAGAGGGCAGGUCAUGAAGCAGGGUUUAAAGGGGCAACGUACGUUGACUGUCCAAUGAAACCUUGCUUUCUUUGCAAAAUGCCAGGUCAUACUACGAUGACUUGUCCGCAUAGAGUUGCUAUUGAGCAUGGGGUCACACCAGCACCCCAUAGAAAUACCCACAAUACAUUGGAAUAUGUUUUUGAACGCGAGCUCAGACCAAGGAUGCCUCUUAUAAAGCCACCAUAUCUGAUCCCAGAUGAAGUGAACUGUGCAGUUAUCAGAUACCAUAGUAGACGUGUGACAUGCCUUGAGUUCCAUCCAACCAAAAAUAAUAUCCUGUUAUCUGGAGAUAAGAAAGGACAAGUUGGAGUCUGGGAUUUUUAUAAAGUAUCUGAAAAGAUGGUUUAUGGGAACAUACAUACCUGUAUAGUCAAUAACAUGAGAUUUAACCCUACAAAUGAUGGUGCAGUGUAUGCUGCAUCCUCAGAUGGAACCAUUAGUUGCACUGACUUAGAGACUGGAAUUGCAUUAUCUUUGAUGAACCUAAACCCUGAUGGGUGGCAGGGUCCAAGCAAGUGGAGGAUGCUUUAUGGCAUGGAUAUUAACCCAGAGAAAAAUGUUGUACUUGUUGCUGACAAUUUUGGUUUUCUCUACUUAGUGGAUGUGCGCAGCAAUAGCAGAAGUGGGGAGGCAAUUCUAAUCCACAAGAAAGGUAGCAAAGUGGUUGGACUACACUGUAAUCCUAUUCAACCUGAGCUUCUUUUAAGUUGUGGAAAUGAUCACUUUGCUCGUAUCUGGGAUAUGCGGCGAUUGGAAGCUGGAUCUUCCCUUUACAACCUUCCUCACAAACGCGUUGUUAACUCUGCAUAUUUCUCUCCAUUUUCUGGCAGCAAAAUUCUUACAACAUCACAAGACAACCGACUUCGUAUAUGGGAUUCUAUCUUUGGCAAUUUGGAGUCCCCAAGCAGAGAAAUUGUGCACAGUCAUGAUUUUAAUCGUCAUCUGACUCCUUUUCGAGCUGAAUGGGACCCAAAGGAUCCAUCAGAGUCACUAGCAGUUAUUGGCCGUUACAUAAGUGAAAAUUAUGAUGGAACUGCCCUGCAUCCCAUUGAUUUCAUUGACAUCAGCACAGGACAAUUAGUUGCUGAAGUAAUGGAUCGGAACAUUUCAACCAUUAGUCCAGUGAACAAGCUACAUCCUCGGGAUGAUGUUUUGGCAUCCGGCAGUUCAAGGUCUAUUAUCAUUUGGAGGCCAAAAGAGAAGUUGGAGGUUGGGGAUCUGAGGGAUGAAAGAAAGAUUAUUGUUUGUGGACCAGCAGAGAAAAAGCGGAAAUUUGGUGAUGAAAGUGAUGAUUCUGAUGAUGACAAAUUCAAAAUGAAAGGCAAGAAUAUUAAGCCCAAGAAGUCUCGGACUAAGUUAACUCCCAAUAAUCUGAAGCGCAAAUGCUAAACGAUAGACAAAUGUGAGCCUCUCUCUGUGGGAAAACAUUCUGUAGUCAACAACCUAUAGUUGUCCUUAGUAAAGUAGUAACUUGUUUUGGCUGAAUGACCUAGUACUGGUUGCGGUCCAGAGCUUUCAAUGUAUCCCCAUUUUGUUUUUUGUUAUCUACUUAGCUUGCUGCAAAGAAGAAUCUGUCUUCUUAAUGUAUGAAAUCACAAAUUUGCAGUA